AUUGUCAUAUAAAGUUAUAAACUAAAGGUGAGAAGGUACACAAGAAGCAAAAGGGAGGGAAGGGAGAAAAGCUCAUAUGCUUUUGUGUCUCCUCGACAAGUAAAACCAGGACUUCUUCUCAAUCAUUGCUGCAAUAGGCGGGUUUGUCAGUGCGGUUCUUCGGGCUUUCGAAAUGAGCUUCUCUACUAGCUCUGUUGGUUCAGGUAGUAGGACUGCUAGAAGGACAUUCGAAUUUGGAAGGACCCAUGUGGUUAGACCCAAAGGCAAACACCAGGCCACUAUAGUCUGGCUGCAUGGCCUCGGUGAUAAUGGAUCAAGCUGGUCCCAGCUCCUGGAAACACUUCCUCUUCCAAAUAUUAAAUGGAUAUGCCCAACUGCUCCUACUCGACCUGUGGCAAUAUUUGGCGGAUUUCCUUGCACUGCAUGGUUUGAUGUAGGAGACCUUUCCGAAGAUGCUCCUGAUGAUGUGGAGGGUUUAGAUGCUUCAGCAGCACAUGUUGCAAACCUCUUGUCAACAGAGCCUGCUGAUAUCAAACUUGGUAUUGGCGGCUUCAGCAUGGGUGCUGCUACGGCACUUUACUCUGCCAUUUGCUAUGUUCAAGGGAAGUAUGGCAAUGGAAACUCAUACCCUGUUAACUUAAGUACAGUUGUUGGUUUAAGUGGCUGGCUUCCAUGUUCAAGGAGCUUGAGGAACAAGAUAGAAGGUUCACAGGAGGCUGCAAGGCAUGCUUCCUCCUUGCCCCUUUUGCUAUGUCAUGGCAGAGUUGAUGAUGUGGUCGCCUACAAACAUGGAGAGAAAUCUGCAGAGAUCUUGAAUGCAACUGGGUUUCGUAAUCUUACAUUCAGAACAUAUAAUGGGCUUGGCCACUACACUAUCCCAGAAGAGAUGGACGAGGUCUGCAAUUGGUUAAAUGCAAGGUUGGGGCUUGAGGGUUCUCCCUCGUAAUUGCGGAGCCAUUUUUCAUUUCAAAUAAUAUGAGUGAGGAAGAAAUAGGAGGGGGUGAAAAGGAAGUGAACACACUAUUAUAUGUGAGGAGUAGAAGUGGUUAGUUGGAGAGUAGAUAUGGUUGUGGUAUAUGGUAUAGUGGCAUAUUCUACCUAUUCCCUUUUGGUUCUAGCAUCUCUUGAAAAGAACUUUUGAAUGCUUCUUAUUUUUUUUUGGCUUGUUGGCACCUGCAUGGGAUUGGUAAUGCUGAAUCUUAACAUUUCAUGAUUGGGUUAUUCUUAUGGAUUUUGGAAUUCA